CUGUAGUCACCAACUUCAACGUGCACGGUUUGAAUCCCCGGUCCAAAGGUCAUCCACCUCGGCUCCGCAGAAGCAAAGGCUGGCACCAACGUUGCCUCUUCCUCUUUUCCCUCUGCGAGGAGCACAAGGGGGCGACAGGUCGCAGCCAUGACGGUCAAGCGCAGGAACCACGGGCGGAGCAAGCAUGGCCGUGGGCACAGCGGGUUCAUCCGCUGCUCCAACUGCGGUCGUUCAGUGCCCAAGGACAAGGCCAUCAAGAGAUACCUUGUGAGGAACAUUGUGGAGCAGGCAGCGGUCCGUGAUGUGCAGGACGCCUGCGUGUUUGACGGAUAUGUGCUGCCCAAGCUGUACGCAAAGAUGCAGUACUGUGUGUCGUGCGCUGUCCACUCCCACGUCGUCCGGGUGCGGUCUCGCGUCGCGCGGAGGAACCGUGACCCCCCCCAGCGGUUCCGCCGCCCCAGGGAGACGGGCCCCCCCGGAGCGCCCGGCGCCCCCCGGCCAGGUGGCCCCCCGGCUGCCGCUGGGGCCGCUCAGCGGAAGUAGAAUGGUGUAGAUGCAGGUUGCUGUUUGUGACCCGCCGUGCCGCGCUUCGUUGCCGUACAAGGAUACGUGUGCAAGGAAGAGACGCUGGAUGUGGCGUGCUCAAAUCUGAAAACGCAAGUGUUCUAUCCACGUCUGGCUGUGAGCCGCUUCAGUGUGCCAAGUGCGCAUCUAGGCUUUUGCAACUUCGGUUGUUGAAGAGCGAUCGCUUACGUACAGUUCGUGCGUCAUGCCUCCACAGUUGCACAUUGGACACCUGGCAGCAAGGUCUGGACCAAACGCACAAGUCCAGAUGCCCCAAAGCAGUACUCGUUUGUGGUUUGAUGCCGGACUUUACAGACGGCGGUUAUAUCGAUUGCCAUGCUGACGCAUGGCCAGAGGCAUGCCUCGGCAAACUAGUAGUUUUCGGCUUGUGCUCACACAUAUCCCCGCUCGCUCGCCAG